AUGCUACCCGUGGAGGUCUUGGAGGAAACUCAGUCAGAACUGGUAAAUUAUAAAAAUUCGGGGAUGUCACUCAUCGAGUGUAGUCAUCGCGGUCCCCACUAUGAUGAAGUUCACAACGAAGCAGUAGGGCUCGUCAAGGAACUGCUGCGCGUUCCGGACGAAUUUGGAAUUCUGUUUCUUCAGGGCGGAGCGACAUUGCAGUUCGCAAUGACAGCCAUGAAUUUACUCGCACCUUCGCAAAAGGCAGCCAUUGUACAUAGCGGACACUGGGCAAAUCUUGCGAUGAAGGACAGUCAGGUUUACGGUAACGUGUAUAUCGCUUGGGAUGGUACAGACGAUCAGUUUAGUCGCACACCCAGCGAGAAUGAAAUCGAACUGCAACCGGAUACUCGCUACCUCCAUAUCACGACUAACGAAACCAUCGGUGGUGUUCGACUGUACGAUUGGCCAGACUUGGGUGUUCCUUUGGUCGGCGAUAUGUCUUCCGAUUACUUUUCCAGACACAUUCCUUGGAAUCUCAUGGACGUUGCAUACGGCGGUGCCCAGAAGAAUCUGGGACCAUCAGGACUUACACUCGUGAUCGUGCGAAAGUCGGUGCUUGAGACGCACCCGCGGGAUCUUCCCACCUACCUUGACUACCGAGUUCACUAUGCUACUAACUCUCGUUUUAACACGCCGGCAAUUUUCCCGAUUUAUGUCGCGGGAAAAGUGCUCAAGUGGUACAAAGAUAAAGGCGGAGUGGAUGAAUUUGAAAAAUUGUCCAUAGCAAGAUGUGCACACCUGUAUGGAAUGAUUGACGCCAGCAAUGGGUUUUACAAUUGCCCGGUUGAAGGUGAGAGCAGGUCUCGCAUGAAUGUUGUAUUCCGUUUGCCGAAUGAAGGUUUGGAAUCGAAGUUUCUGGCGGAUGCCGAACUGCAGGGUCUUGUGAAUCUUACGGGUCAUCGAAGUGUCGGUGGAAUUCGCGCAAGCAUUUACAAUUCCAUGCCUAUGGAAGGAGUGGAAAAACUGGCGAAUUUCAUGGAUAAUUUUCGCGCUUCACACUCCUAA